GCUUACUCUUCGCGGCAGAUACUUAGUCGGGCUGCGCCGAGUCGCGAAAGUAUCGCGCGAGAGUCGUCGAUCCCUCUCUCCUCUCUCUCUCUCUCUCUCUCUCUCUCUCUCUGCAAUCACGAGAGUAUAUAUACCAGUAGUGAGUGUGAGCAUCAGAGGGGACAGGACAUGUCGUUCGUUCGCAGAUAAGCGUAUUAUCGCGGCGAAAAGCGCGACCUGCCCACGUAAAGUCUGUCCGGUCGAACGUCGUCGGUGGAGACUACACUCCGCGGUGAGGACGUCUACGUCGUUUUCGGCCCGAAAGAUGUGAAUGAGCUGCUGCUGCUGCUAGAGUAGCCCUGCGAGUGUUUUUUCCUCGUCGUGCACAGCCAGGAGCUGCUCAUUCCUCCAGAGUUUGCCGAGUAGCGCCGAAAUGCCAGCGCCGCCGCCGCCUCCGCCUGCACCCACGUUCAACCUGGGAGGGGGCACUCCGGAUCAGAGCAGAGGUGCUCUACUCCAGUCUAUCCGAGCUGGCAAACCCCUCAAGAAGACAGUGACAGUAGACAAGAGCGCUCCUGCUAUUAGUGGGAGAGUCAAGGGUGAAUCUUCCAGCACUUCGCCGGCCAACAUUAACAAGUCUCCUGCACCCAAUACCAACAGCAUCAACAAUGGAAACCCCAUGGGUCUGGGUGGUCUCUUUGCGGGAGGUAUGCCCAAGCUCAAGUCUACCGGUUUGAGGAGUAAUUUAGCAGAGAGGGAUAAUGGCAAUGUGCCUACACACACAAACUCGGCCACUCUGCCGAGUGUCAAGCGGGGACCACCGCCAGUGCCUCCUCCAGCUGCACAGAAACCUCAGAUGUUUUCACCAGCUUCUCCGGCAAGUGACCACAGCACAAACCACAAUGUGGAUGCACCCCACAGGAGCUCCUUUGGUAAACCAACUCUGGCUCCCAAGCCACCUACUACAUCUCCUAGUGCAGCUGCGCAACAGAAGCCCUCACCUCCACCGAAAAAGCUCAGUCUCGCUACAAACAACUCUGUGUCCAGAGCGCAGAGCAUGCGACUGCCACGUUCGCCGCCGGUGCUGGCUCCGACGCCCCCGUCGCUCCACCAAUCCCAGGACUGUCUGAACGAGCCACAGCAGAGGCCAGUGGUGAAUCGGGUGCUAAGGGCACCGGGAGUCCGGCCACCCUCGCCACCAACGAAUCGUAUCAACGGCGGUGCGCCAAUCACGAGGGUUGCCCCGCCACCCCCUUGUCGGGCUCCGACGAUGCCACCACCACCGCCUCCGCUACCCCAUCGCUCGACGUCCUCGGCCUCGUCGAACGCCGUAGCUGCAGCGGCGGCUGCUCGACUCGCACCCGCGGUUCCGCCGCCUCCAACGCCGCCUACCCGCGGCCAGUCGCUGCAGCGCAACGGCCAAAUGCCAGCCAUGAACCCCUCGGCCGGCUCCUCGAUGAUGGGCCCGGCCGAAUUCGAGGCUCGCUUCGUCGACAUGUUCAACUCGAUAGCGAACUUUCCGGCACCUGAACCCUUCCGCGGCCUCACCAAGGUCUACAACAGCAAAACCGCAGCGAAGCAGCAGGCGCCGGCGCCACCCGCGCGCUCCGUCUCGAACGCAGGCAGUGCGCUCCACUCCAGACAGGCCCAGCCGCCUCCGCCUCCCCAGCCGACUCAGUGGCAACAGCAACAACAGAACGCCGCCUCGUCAGCUUGCUAAGGACGACUGCGCUCUUGUCUGUGCUUUCUCCUGUCCGCCUGUCGUCGGGGAGCGCCGCCGCGCCAUCCGGACGACCUUCCCUCGCCUUACCUCUGACGACAACGGCCGGGAUGCUUUUUGCUCUGAGAAAGAGAUGAUGAGAGUCGCCGCCCCCCUCACAUAUUAUAUGUAUAUGUUACACAUUGUAUAUUGUUUCAUUUGAUGGCAUAUGUGUAGAGAGAGAGAGACACACAGAGGAUGCAUGCGGGAGAGCGAGAAAAAAAGCGUACUACCAUAUAUGUAUAAUAUAAGUGCCCUUUGGCGCACAAUGAUUGUUGAGGUGUCGCGCGCAGAGAGCCGGUCACGACGAUUUGGAAAUCGUCGCUUUCGCUCGAACGAAUCUAGAACAUGACCACGACGAUGACACAUGCAGCUAGAGAGUUAAAGAGUUGAAUCGCGUACGAGAGAGAAUUUUAUCAUUAUGUAGUCAACGAUUUUUUCGUGAAGCGUAGAGGAAUUUCGAAAUCACUGUAUAAAUCGACUAUAAUCAGUAUCACGCGUAAGAGAAAGACGCGUCAGUCACCCGAUUUUACGAUGUUUGCACUUUUAUUCGUGGAUUCGCAAUUUUUAUUAAAAUUGUUCAACUAUAAUGCGUCGAUCUGAUUUUAUAAAUUUUACAUUAAAGGUUGAAGAUUGGUUUUAAAUUUGCGCCGUAUUUUUCUAGAAUUAUGAUUUUUCACGAGCUCGCGGAAUCGUAGUGCUGCCAGGAAUUUUCGAGAAAUGGGUUAACUCUAUCGAAGGGCAAUGGAAUAAAUUUUUAGAAAGCAACUCGAGUUGCCAAAAUAUUUUAUUCUGUAAAAAAACGUGUAAGUAAUGCAUUCUCGAGUGUAAAAUAUUUUGGUAGCCUAUGAUUUUAUCAAUUAACAAUUGUUAAUCUUUCGUAGGAAAAAAUUGUGAUAAUCUUCAUUUUAUUUAUAUCGCACAACUUUUCAUUAUGCUUGCAUUUAAAUUCGCAUCUGUAUUCCAUCUAUAUAGUAAAAAUUGUAAAUAUUACAUAUCACAAGACAAAAGAUUUUCAGUUUCAUAAGGAUAUUAUCGGAACGAUUAUAAUAGUCUUGGGUUGAAAAUAGAGCAAGCACCAGUAAGUUUUUAAAAUGAGUAUUAACUUUUUUAAAAGUGGUCUCGUACAAACGUCAUAACAAUUCCACCAAUAAUUCGACAAUUGCACAACUUUAAAAAUUAUCAGUAAGAUAAAAACCUGUAAAAAGUAUUUUUUUGUUUUAUCAGAACUGCCAAUGACAGAUAAACGGUUAGGAGCGCGUUCAUGUUUUAAGUGUCGUAAAUAGCCAAUGGUUUUUAUUUGUCAAACAGUCGCGAUAUCAGUGAAUUGUGAUAGAAGAGAGAUUUGCAGUUUCUACCUUAGCGCCAUUAACGACUUAGUUGAAAGUCUACCUACGUUUUCCAUAUCCUAUUUAUCGCAAAACAUCACCGGAGCCAGAAAAACGCGACAACCCUUCAUGAAAAAACUAUAAAUCGAUUGAACUGUAAAUUAAUAUAAUAUUGUUUAACUAUUUUUCUGGCAUCGCUGAUUACAUUCACAGGCAAAUAUUAGCAGUGCUAGAAAAAAGAUUUUUCCUAUGGAAAGUUUAGCUGAAAAUUAGUCUAUAUACAUAUAAGAUGGCAUGGAAAAUUAUUGUAACGAGAAAUUGCCAAAAUGUAAUAUUGCUGAUAAUAAUAAAAAUAUUUGUACAUAGAGGUUGAGAAAAAUGAAAAUUACUGCUACUGCUAUUCGAUGUAUUGAAGCAUAACAGAUUAAUUAUUGCUAUUAGAGUAUUUGUUGAAGACAAUAGGUCUAGAAAGAUUUAUUGUAGUUAUUUUAAGAAGAGAAAUAACAGUAAUUUUUAUUUUUACGAUAAGAUAAAGUAAUAAUUAGAAAUAUAUAAAUCUCUUGAGUCAUAUUUAAAUCCCGUGCAUAGUCGGAAUCUUUUUUCUGAUGCUGCAGAAAGCAGUGCUUAUGCGGACGCAUCAUAGUAUAAUACACUAAUUCCUCUUAGGUCCUAUAAGCGCGUACAAAAAAAAAAUGAAAAAACAAACUAAUACUGACACAUGACGAUACACAUUGAAUGUAUGUGCAAAAAUAAUUAUCUUGUAAUAUUGUUGAAAAUAUAGUAAUUACGUAUUUUAAAAAA